UUUUUUUAAUCCCCGCACCAAGCGCUUAACCUCAUUGGGGUGGAGGAGAAGGCGGCGGCUGUCCGCUCCGCAGCGGCAACAGUAGCGAAUAAUACGACUAAUGGACUGCUGAAUUAUGAAGAAUUUCAGACCCAGUAGUAGAACCUCACUCGGCCACUCACUCCUUUAUCUUCUACUAGUUAUUUAAAUUGGACUUUUAAUAUCCCACCAGCUGCUCUUCAGACACACAUGGUGCAUUGUUGCCAUUCCCCGGAUUGCAUCUUUGAAACACAGGCUCUUAGUAGAUUUCAGCGAACAAAGAGGCAACCUCCUGGGUACAUUUACUGGGAGGGUGUCACCCUGACUGCCCUCUAGCUUCUGCCGGAUCUGGAUUUGAAUUCCACCAUGGAGCCUCGCAUGGAGUCCUGCCUGGCACAGGUGUUGCAGAAGGAUGUGGGGAAACGACUGCAGGUUGGCCAAGAACUUAUAGACUAUUUCUCAGACAAACAGAAGUCUGCUGACCUUGAACAUGACCAGACCAUGUUAGAUAAACUUGUGGAUGGGCUUGCUACCUCUUGGGUGAACUCUAGCAAUUACAAGGUGGUUCUUCUCGGCAUGGACAUCCUGUCCGCGCUGGUCACCCGACUGCAGGAUCGGUUCAAGGCGCAGAUUGGCACAGUGCUGCCAAGUUUAAUAGACAGACUGGGAGAUGCUAAAGACUCUGUGCGAGAGCAAGACCAAACUCUGUUGCUGAAGAUCAUGGAUCAAGCUGCUAAUCCCCAGUACGUUUGGGACCGAAUGCUGGGAGGCUUCAAGCACAAGAAUUUCCGGACUCGGGAAGGCACGUGCCUCUGCCUUGUGGCCACACUCAAUGCCUCUGGAGCACAUACUUUAACACUAAGCAAGAUUGUGCCACAUAUAUGUAAUUUACUUGGAGAUCCAAACAGCCAGGUUCGAGACGCAGCAAUAAACAGCUUAGUGGAGAUUUACAGACACGUGGGAGAACGUGUGAGGGCAGACCUCAGUAAAAAAGGAUUGCCGCAGUCCCGGUUGAAUGUAAUUUUUACAAAAUUUGAUGAAGUCCAAAAAUCUGGAAACAUGAUACAGUCAGCAAACGAUAAAAAUUUUGAUGAUGAAGAUUCUGUGGACGGUAAUAGACCUUCCUCUGCUAGUUCUACAUCGUCCAAAGCUCCGCCCAGCUCACGGAGAAACGUUGGAAUGGGGACCACCCGCCGGCUUGGGUCAUCCACUCUCGGAUCCAAGUCUUCAGCUGCAAAAGAAGGAGCUGGUGCUGUUGAUGAAGAGGACUUUAUUAAAGCAUUUGAUGAUGUACCUGUAGUGCAGAUUUAUUCCAGCCGAGACCUUGAGGAAUCCAUAAACAAGAUUAGGGAAAUAUUAUCUGACGACAAGCAUGAUUGGGAGCAAAGAGUAAAUGCUCUAAAAAAGAUAAGAUCUUUACUUUUGGCUGGUGCUGCUGAGUAUGAUAACUUCUUUCAACAUUUGCGUCUUUUGGAUGGAGCCUUUAAACUAUCUGCUAAGGACCUGCGGUCUCAGGUAGUGCGGGAGGCUUGUAUCACAUUGGGGCAUCUGUCAUCAGUUCUGGGGAAUAAGUUUGACCAUGGAGCUGAAGCCAUUAUGCCAACUAUCUUUAAUUUAAUUCCAAAUAGUGCCAAAAUUAUGGCCACAUCCGGUGUUGUAGCUGUUAGGUUAAUCAUUCGGCACACACACAUCCCUAGGCUAAUACCUGUCAUAACAAGCAACUGUACCUCUAAGUCUGUCGCAGUUAGAAGGCGCUGUUUUGAAUUUUUAGAUUUACUUUUACAAGAGUGGCAGACACAUUCACUGGAACGACAUAUAUCAGUAUUAGCCGAAACAAUAAAGAAGGGAAUACAUGAUGCGGAUUCCGAAGCAAGGAUAGAAGCCAGAAAGUGCUACUGGGGUUUUCACAGUCACUUCAGCAGAGAAGCAGAGCACUUGUAUCACACCCUCGAGUCCUCCUACCAGAAGGCCCUGCAGUCCCACCUGAAGAACUCCGACAGCAUCGUGUCUCUGCCCCAGUCUGACCGCUCAUCCUCGAGUUCUCAGGAGAGUCUGAACCGGCCGCUCUCUGCCAAAAGAAGUCCUACUGGAAGCACCACCUCUAGAGCUUCUACAGUUAGCACCAAAUCCGUGUCAACGACCGGGUCGCUCCAGCGGUCUCGAAGCGAUAUUGACGUGAAUGCAGCAGCCAGUGCCAAGUCCAAGGUGUCUUCGGCCUCGGGAGCUACGCCUUUCAGCUCAGCAGCAGCCUUGCCUCCCGGGUCAUAUGCAUCCUUAGGUCGGAUCCGCACGAGACGGCAGAGCUCUGGGAGCGCCACCAAUGUUGCCACCACACCUGACAGUCGAGGCCGCAGCCGCGCCAAAGUGGUUUCACAGUCCCAGCGAUCCAGAUCUGCUAAUCCUGCUGGUGCUGGCAGCCGGUCAAGUUCCCCAGGGAAAUUGUUGGGAAGUGGUUAUGGUGGCCUUGCUGGGGGUUCCUCAAGAGGCCCACCUGUGACCCCCUCUUCAGAAAAACGAAGCAAGAUUCCCAGGAGUCAGGGAUGUAGCCGAGAAACAAGUCCAAACCGAAUAGGAUUAGACCGGUUUGGGCUUGGCCAGGCAGGAAGAAUACCUGGCUCUGUGAAUGCCAUGCGAGUUCUGAGCACAAGUACAGACCUCGAAGCUGCUGUCGCCGAUGCUUUGCUGUUAGGAGACUCCAGGAGCAAGAAGAAGCCUGUGAGGAGGAGGUACGAGCCGUAUGGGAUGUAUUCGGAUGAUGACGCCAACAGCGAUGCCUCAAGUGUUUGCUCUGAGCGCUCGUACGGCUCCAGGAAUGGUGGCAUUCCCCAUUAUCUGCGGCAGACUGAGGACGUAGCAGAAGUUCUCAACCACUGUGCCAGUUCCAACUGGUCAGAAAGGAAAGAAGGGCUUCUAGGCCUGCAGAACUUACUGAAGAGCCAAAGAACACUGAGUCGAGUAGAAUUGAAAAGAUUGUGUGAGAUCUUCACCCGAAUGUUUGCUGACCCUCACAGCAAGAUUGCUGAUUCAGAACCAGAAUGUGAGGAUAAAGAAGGAAAUUUGUUUCCAUCAGAAGGCUCUUGUACAAGAGUUUUCAGUAUGUUUUUGGAGACUCUUGUGGAUUUUAUUAUAAUUCAUAAGGAUGACUUGCAAGACUGGCUUUUUGUUCUUCUCACACAAUUACUUAAGAAAAUGGGAGCAGAUUUACUUGGAUCUGUGCAAGCAAAAGUUCAGAAGGCUCUAGAUGUCACCAGGGACUCCUUUCCAUUUGAUCAACAGUUUAACAUUUUGAUGAGAUUUAUUGUGGAUCAAACUCAAACUCCUAACCUCAAGGUCAAAGUUGCAAUCCUGAAGUACAUUGAGUCCCUCGCUCGGCAGAUGGAUCCAACAGAUUUUGUAAACUCUAGUGAGACGAGGCUUGCUGUUUCUAGAAUUAUAACCUGGACUACAGAACCAAAGAGUUCAGACGUGAGAAAGGCAGCACAAAUUGUGCUGAUCUCUCUGUUUGAAUUGAACACUCCUGAAUUCACCAUGUUACUUGGUGCCUUGCCAAAAACAUUCCAGGAUGGUGCCACCAAACUCCUGCAUAACCACCUCAAGAACGCGAGUAACACCAGUGUGGGCUCUCCGAGCAAUACAAUUGGCCGAACUCCCUCCCGACACACCAGCAGCAGGACCAGCCCCCUCACCUCCCCCACCAACUGUUCCCAUGGGGGCCUAUCUCCCAGCAUGCUGGAGUAUGAUACAGAGAACCUGAACUCGGAAGAAAUUUAUAGUUCUCUGCGUGGAGUUACGGAAGCCAUUGAAAAGUUUAGUUUUCGAAGCCAAGAGGAUCUGAAUGAGCCAAUUAAACGAGAUGGCAAGAAGGACUGUGAUAUUGUGUCCCGCGAUGGUGGAGUUGCCUCGCCCGCCACAGAGGGCCGGGGGGGCAGCGAUGUGGUGGAAGGAGGCAGAACAGCUCUGGAUAACAAGACGUCCCUCCUCAACACCCAGCCUCCACGCGCCUUCCCAGGGCCGCGGGUGCGAGACUACAGUCCGUACCCCUACUCCGACACCAUCAACACCUAUGACAAGACAGCUCUGAAGGAGGCCGUGUUUGAUGAUGACAUGGAGCAGCUUCGAGAUGUACCCAUUGACCAUUCUGACUUGGUGGCCGACCUGCUGAAGGAGCUGUCCAACCACAACGAGCGGGUGGAGGAACGGAAAGGUGCCCUGCUGGAGCUGCUCAAGAUCACCCGGGAAGACAGCCUCGGCGUCUGGGAGGAACACUUCAAGACCAUUUUGCUCCUGCUGCUGGAGACGCUUGGGGACAAAGACCAUUCCAUCCGAGCACUAGCAUUGAGAGUUUUACGGGAAAUUCUGAGAAACCAGCCAGCCAGAUUUAAAAACUACGCCGAGCUGACCAUUAUGAAGACUCUGGAAGCCCAUAAAGAUUCCCAUAAGGAGGUAGUGCGAGCGGCCGAGGAGGCGGCGUCCACGCUGGCCAGCUCCAUCCACCCGGAGCAGUGCAUCAAAGUUCUCUGUCCCAUCAUCCAGACGGCUGACUACCCCAUCAACCUCGCCGCCAUCAAGAUGCAGACCAAAGUCGUCGAGAGGAUCGCCAAGGAGUCCUUGUUGCAGCUCCUCGCCGACAUCAUCCCGGGCUUGCUACAGGGUUAUGACAACACUGAAAGCAGCGUGCGUAAGGCCAGCGUGUUUUGCUUAGUGGCAAUUUAUUCCGUAAUUGGAGAAGAGCUGAAACCUCACCUCGCACAGCUCACGGGGAGCAAGAUGAAGCUACUAAACUUAUAUAUAAAGAGGGCCCAAACCACGAACAGUAACAGCAGCUCCUCAUCCGACGUGUCCACACACAGCUAAUGGCAGCGCCAGAGUCUCUUCGUGUAGCCCUAGAAGCAGUCGGUGGUGCCUCUCCGAGACCCUCCCCCACCCUCCCCCUCAUCAGCUGCCCAAUCAAUACAAGGAGGCCCGCAAAUAUUUAUUACAAUCAGUAUUUUGGUCCCUUCCAGCUUUUGUGUAGAAUCUUACUGGUAUUGAAUGUAAAGGAAGCAAGGCCUGUAUUGCAGUCCUCAUAUGAAACAAAUGGAAUAAGAAAAGAGCCAUACUUAAAUGCAUCUUGUACAGCCUGCUGAGAUCAUAAAACCAUGUGUGUGGGGUGCACUUUCAAAAAAUUGGAGCUCUCUGGCCAAUACUUGGUAGAAAGUAGCAUUUUCUCUUAGUUACUAACAUUUGAGGAGGGUAUGUUAAUUUGUGCUUCUCUCUCACUUCGCUUACUUCCUUCUGGAUACGGCCUGUGACCCCAGGAAAGGGUCAUACAUCUUUCAGUUGUAUUGUGAGACCUACUAAGAGUGUGAGUCAAGUCUCGGCAAGAAACAGAGAAAAGCCUGAAGACGGUCUUGUAACAACCACGUGGGAUUUUGCUUGUACAGGAUCUAGCCUGGAGGCCCAGGGUCCCCUUGCAGCCUCCUUCCAGGAUGGGCUCCCCACCCCUCUGGACACUCUACUCACGCUGUCCCCGCCUGGAGCUUCCAGUCGAAAGAAUUCUUUCUUCUGUUUAAAUCCAAACACAAAAAUCAAGGUAAAUCUGUAGCAGCCAUUCGUGGGUGCCUAACGUGGCAUUUCAUGAAGCCUGGAGGGUACAAAAGAAGGUGCGUGUGUGUGAGUGAGUGUUCCACUCCUCAGCUCUUGGGGAAACACUAUGUUAACAGGGCUCCGCCUUGACCCUGGUGCUUGGUGGUGCAGAUUUUUAGAUUUAGCGCCCUCUCUCUGCCUCCCCCACAGCCUCUGCCUCAGCUCCUCAGUUCUGGAGUGUUCUCCGUCAGUCUGGUAAAUGGCAUCCCAGUUUUGACUUCUCGGUUUAAUAUAGGAGUAAGAUCGAAGAAAAGUCCAGAGAGGCCAAGUAUCAGAAUCUUUUUUUUUUUUUUAAUUUUAUGGACAAAAGUACUUUCUUGCUCAUCUGUUGAAAUAGUCCUUGUUUAAGGAAAAAGUAAUUUGGCGGCUAGCAAAUUGCAGAAAAACAGGAUUUGAAACCCAGUUUCAAAGUCUGUUUCCUUUUCUCCAAGGAGAAAUGAUCAGAGAAACUACCCUUACAAAUUUCUUAAGGGUUUGAUUGCUCCAGUAAAAUGAACUCUAGAUUUGGAAUCUGGUUAAAUACAUUUUGAGUAAAAUUCUUAAAGCCACAUGGAAAUCCUUGAUGUCUUCACAAAGGCUUUUCUAUCCUGUGUCUAAAUGGAACUGGUUUUUCCUUCUGGAAAAUGCCGACUCUGGUGGUAUUUUUUUUUAAUGAGAUGUUCGCUGUUCCGAUGCAGAAUCCCCUGCAGCCUGCAGCCCUGAGAACAGAGACUGUGUGGGGUCACCAUGGACGUCCACAGACCCCCCUGCUCUGGCCCUCGGCUUUGUGUUGGAAGUUGCAACACUGUAGCACACAUAAACUCAGUUUCAUUCGGAAUUUAUUUUAGAUACUUUAUUUGGAACUAGGCACUGAAAAUGAAGGUCCAGGAACAGUGAAGCCAGGGUGCCUUCACUGAGAGAGAGAGAGAGUGCGCGCGCGUGUGUGUGUGUGUGCACGCGCGCAUGCGCGCACGCAGGGGGUAUCUUGCACAUGGAGGGAAGUACCCCACUGCUGCUGUUGAAGGAACUUCAGGGGUGCAUUUUAAGUGGUUGAAUAUUGACUUAUUUUUGGCUCAGAACAUAGCAGGACCAGGCCUUACUUUCACUGAUAAAUACCGUUUGUUAUAUUUCACUAAUGGGAUUUCCUUUUUACACUCGACAAGUGAGUCAGGGCACCUUUUGAUUACUCCUCUGUUGUAGAAACGUGCAUUCUGGCUAGGUUAUUUAUGAGUUCUGUUACACCUGAUGCGUUUGGAAACACCUUUCUCCUUGAACUCUCUGACUCCCUGGUCCCCCAGGCCCUGCCGCCUGCAGUUGGGAAGAAUCUUGAACAUUGCCGAGUUGUCCUCACAGUACUCCCAAAGGGCUAGCCUUGAAUGUCACUUCCCCAGCCUUCAGUCUCCUGACCUAGAGAGAGCUACAAUCACGUACAGGUCUCUUGGCCUCAGUCAAAGCCCUGCCCUCGCGCCGGGGUGACUCGCAUGCCGCCACCACCUCAUGGGGAGGGAGCUGCGCCUGCCGCCGACCCCCGAACCCCGGACAGCCGCCGCCCCCCUGCAGGCCUCCCGUUCGGCCCAAACACCACAAAGAGCAAAGCACCCAAAACUGCGAAACUCUGUUUGCCUCCCCUGUUCACCUGACCGUCCAGGACCCUGACGAGCCCACCCACCUGAGCCUCCCUCGCGCUGGGACUGGCUUCCCUCCUGGCUCCUACUUGCCACGGUGCGGCGGGCAGGCUGAGGCCGAGGUGGGCCUGCAGCUUCCUUCAAGUACACCGUGUGUGCUUCGCCGGGCGGCGCUGCGGACAGCCCGGGACUGCCUCUCUGUGGCGCCCCCCGGCUUCCCCUCCCCUGUGCAGGUGAUGCAGCCGAUCCUGGUCUCCUCCGUCUUUUUCUUUCCCUGCCGCCCUUUAUUUAUCAAGCCUAAUACUACACGUUAACAGCAAGUAAGGACUUUGUAGAAUCCCACCAGGACUUUGCUAACAAUGAUGUUUGGAAAUGGGAAAAAAAAAAAAAACGCUCUGAAAACUAUCAGCCACCAAAAUAGUUUUGUCGGCACUGUGUUCACACGCAUGGUCCCCACACCCCCAGGUUGGGUUUUUUGGGUUUUGUUUUUGUUUUUUGGGGGCUUUUCAUGUUACAUCCAUAUCUGUAUUUAUAUCUUAUUUGUUUCACUUUCAAGUGUAUCAUGGCAAAUGUACAGAUUUUUUUUGUUAAUAAUGUGCUAGGAUUUG